AGCCCGCGCCGCCGCGAUGGCGGAGGACAGCGAGUCUGCGGCCAGCCAGCAAAGCCUGGAGCUGGACGACCAGGACACGUGCGGGAUAGACGGGGACAAUGAGGAGGAGACGGAGCACGCCAAAGGAAGUCCUGGAGGGGAUUUGGGUGCCAAAAAGAAAAAGAAGAAACAGAAGAGAAAAAAGGAGAAACCGAACUCCGGAGGCACCAAGUCAGACUCGGCCUCUGAUUCGCAGGAGAUUAAAAUCCAGCAGCCUUCCAAACACCACACGAUCUGGCAGGAGAUUCCCACGGGAGCAGCCACGGAAUCCCACCAUUCCAAUGCAGAAGUUGCAGGAUAUCCAGAGAGCAAUGGAGCUGUUGUCCGCGUGUCAGGGCCCCGCCAGGAGCAUCGAUGAGGCUGCCAAACACAGAUACCAGUUUUGGGACACACAGCCGGUGCCCAAAUUAAAUGAAGUCAUAACCUCUCACGGGGCCAUUGAAGCGGAUAAAGACAACGUGCGUCAGGAGCCCUAUUCCCUGCCACAGGGUUUUAUGUGGGACACCCUGGACUUGGGUAACGCCGAUGUGCUCAAGGAGCUGUACACGCUGUUAAAUGAGAAUUACGUGGAAGAUGAGGAGAGCGUGUUCCGUUUCGACUACUCGCCCGAGUUCCUGCUGUGGGCGCUGCGUCCCCCGGGCUGGCUCCUUCAGUGGCACUGUGGGGUCCGAGUGUCUUCGAACAAAAAGCUAGUAGGGUUCAUAAGUGCCAUCCCAGCAAGCAUUCGGAUUUAUGACAGUGUGAAAAAGAUGGUAGAAAUCAACUUUCUUUGUGUUCAUAAGAAAUUGAGAUCAAAACGGGUAGCUCCAGUGUUAAUUCGAGAAAUAACCAGAAGAGUGAACCUGGAAGGGAUUUUUCAGGCCGUCUAUACCGCUGGAGUGGUUCUUCCUAAGCCGGUAGCCACUUGCAGAUACUGGCAUCGAUCACUAAACCCCAGAAAACUGGUAGAAGUGAAAUUUUCUCACUUGAGUAGAAAUAUGACUUUACAGAGAACAAUGAAGCUCUACAGACUUCCGGAUGCUACCAAGACGUCAGGCCUGAGACCAAUGGAACCGAGAGAUAUCCGGGCCGUUCGAGACUUGACCAACACUUACCUGAAGCAGUUUCAUCUCGCCCCGGUGAUGGAUGAAGAGGAAGUAGCUCACUGGUUCCUCCCCCAGGAGCACAUUAUUGAUACGUUUGUAGUGGAGAACUCCAGUGGUAAACUAACUGACUUCCUGAGCUUCUACACACUCCCCUCCACAGUCAUGCACCACCCUGCGCACAAGAGCCUCAAGGCCGCCUACUCCUUCUACAACAUUCACACGGAGACGCCCCUGCUGGACCUCAUGAGUGAUGCACUCAUUAUAGCCAAAUUGAAAGGAUUUGAUGUAUUCAAUGCACUAGAUUUGAUGGAAAAUAAGACCUUCUUGGAAAAACUCAAAUUUGGCAUAGGAGAUGGCAAUUUGCAGUAUUACUUGUAUAACUGGAGAUGUCCAGGAACAGAUUCUGAAAAGGUUGGACUAGUAUUACAAUAGAUGGAUAUUUCUAUUUCUAGAGCUCUGACAUCAUCAUUUGUUAAUAUUCUAUUUAAUGAUUCCUGGAACUGCCAUUCCAAAGAAGAAUAAAAGCACAACUUAAGUGAAAUCGAUGUAGUCAGUAACAAUCAGAAAAGAUGAAAAAAAAAACCACCCAUAUGUGACCAAUAGUACAUAUUUCUAGCUAGAAUGUUAACAUUCUUUUUUCUCCUCACUGUUUACCCAUUUGUAGGAGGGAUGAAAGGGUACAGAGAGCACAUUCCUCUAAUCAUCAGACUUUGGGCUGUCUCUUGAUGAAGAGAAGGUAUUUUUCCACUCUGUAGAAAAGGGACUGUUUUUCUGUGGACUGAAGGGAAUCACAGAACUGUGUAAGAAAAUCUUUGCUAUUGUGUGGAGAUAAACUGCUGCAUUUCUCUUUAUUAAGUGUUGGUCUGUCUGUCCGUGUAACAGAACGAAGGAUCCAUGUGGAAAAUGUGUGCUCCCGUCACCUUACACAGUAUCGCUGGGAGCAUUUAGGGAAUCAGCACCUUCUGUAACUCGGUUACGGAGUAGGUGGGUGUUCAAGUAUAGAGGGAGAUAAAAAUGUACUGGGGACUGGGAAGUACAUUUAUUUCUCCAGAAGCAGAGUUGCCAAAUAAACACACAGAUGUGUACUUUGAUCUCCAGCAGUCAGUGGAUUGGUUCAAAAGCAAAGUUUUGUGCAAACACGUGCUGAGAGUCUACACCCGUGAGUGACUAGACUUCGCUGCUGCCGCACAAACUCGUGUCUUCUC